AGUGUGCCAAAAAAUAUCUUUUAAUGUUGGUGACGAUCUUUGCGCGGUUUAAAUUAACUUAAUAAAUGAGUAACUGUGAAGAGUUAUAAUGUUUACAAGGUGGGAUGAUAGGUGUAAUUUUAUUCGAAACGCGUAAUAAAUAUAGUCUCUCGCAUUAGGAGAGACAUUUACACAUGGCAAGGAAAGGAGCAAAUUGUAAAAGAAAAUUUCCAUUUAAAACUAUAGAUAAAAUAUUAACAACAGAUUGUGAUGUACCGUGGGUCGUAAAAUUCGCACCUGAAACACUUGAGGAUCUAGCUGUACAUAAGAAGAAAGUGGCAGAAGUUGAAACCUGGUUUCAAGAUUUUUUCUCCCAACAUGAAUCUUUCAAAAAAGCUCCAAUUUUGCUGUUGACUGGUCCUCCAGGUGCUGGAAAAACAACAACAAUCAAAAUCAUUUCUAAAAAAUUAAAUGCUGAAUUAUUUACUUGGUCAAACUCUAAGCAAGAAAAUUCUAAGGCUAUUGCUUUUAAUG